AUGGCUGAUAAAAAACUCUCAGGUGUACCUCCUCCCUCCAUGCCUUCACCUUCUCAUCAGAACGGGGGAAUCCGUGGGACAUCAUCCAAAAGUUCCCCACAUCCCCACCAUAAUGGCAGCCUGGAGGCUAAACCAGAAUACCACAGUCCCAGCAAUAGGGGGGCUCAGUCUACACCCAGUAGCAGGAGUCCAACCUCCAGCUCACCCCUCAGGACCCUUGUAGGUUUUAUGACUUCUUCACCUAGUUCUAGUCCUAAAGGCAGCACCACAAGACCACGGGGUCAGAGUCUUGGCUCUGCUCUGAGCUCCAAGGCCAGAUCUUCAUCUUCCAAGAGCAAGGUAACUAUAACCUGCUGUCACGGGCAUUGAAUAUUGCAUUAUAGAUGUUGCCAGGAUGCAUUAGUCAUUUUAGUCUUUUUAAUGAACUAUCAAAAACUCCUCACAGGAUCUGUAACUGACUGUAAAAUGAAACAUGCUUUAUAACCCAGUGUUGAUCUCUAUGUUGUUGCUGUAGCGUAGGAGCAGCCAACAGGAAGAGCCUGAAGCUUUGUUGGACCUGAUCUUGGAGUGCCAGGGUCAGAGGCUGGAUGACCAGAGAGCCAGUGUUAGUUUACUGCCAGACCCAGGAGCAGCAGCCCUUUGUGGGGCCUGUAGCCCAGACCAGCCUUCACCACCCAGUCUGGACUUCUACUACAUGCUCAUACAUUACCAGGUACCAACAUGUCAUAGUGUAUACUUGUGGGUCACUGUAUUGAUGUUUGUCAUGAUGGUAUUGCAAAAAAACAAAUUGUUCUUGUUUCGAUCUACAAGUAGCUACAACUGAUAUUUCUUAGUACUGUAAGAAUUCUGCAUUUCAAAACAUCAGUUUUAUUUUUUAUUUUGACAAAACUAUUGGAAAAGAAGAGGGUGCUAGAAAGGCUGGAAACAUCCAUGAACAUUAGGGGCUUAUUGAUGCUACCCUUUACAUAAUGAAAUAGAUCUGUAUGUUUUAAACAGUGUAAUCACCUUAGCCUUCAAACUUCGAUGCAUCCUUCACCUUGGAAUGGACAUUAAGCAAUACAUUCACCAGGUGUCAAAAGUUUCUCCUCAAAAACAUGCAAACUUAACAAAAAUUGUCAAAACAUUUUAUUUCUGUUUCAGUUAUCUCAAAAAUUAUCAUUUUUGUGUUCGCUUACUUAACUUGAAUGCAGGAGCACAGCAUUCUGAUUGCAAAUAGUACCUACAAUAAAGUAGGGAGUGAGUGUCAGUUGCGAAGGACUAGGCCCUAAAAAUGGUCUCCUAGAGCCAUUUGGCAGUAGAAAAAGUGCAUUCUUGCAGUGCUAAAUUAUCUGAGCCAUUAAAAAGACUUCCCAUCACUUGUAGCAUUUACAAAUGAAGAGGAAGAAGGAUCCAAGAGUUAAGGUUGCAGACAACUUGAGCAAGAUUGUACAGUCUUCGUAGACCUAAUCCAUGAGUCUUUAUAAAAUAAAAAGGGUGUUGGGAUACAAUCUUUUGCUAAACUUGGAUCGUAGGAACCCUUUCUGUUGCAGCAGGAAGGAAAGUAGAAUGUCAGGGUUUCUAACAGGCUUUUAACGUUAACUUUCACUUUCAUUAGUUUAUUUUCCAUGAAACUCCCGUUACUUGUCAAAUUUGUAAAGCAUUGACUCAAUGUCGGUUUCUCCACUGUGGAAAGCAUCCCCUACUCAUCCAAAUACUAAACAAUAGUGUCUGUAACGUGUUUAUCUCUGUCAUUUCAUCAUUGUAAUUGCCCAUUAGAGUGAAGACUUCACAGACUUCAGGCUGUUGGCUGAUACCGUUAUGAAAAGCUGCUGCCCCCUCUGCUGGAGAUGGUGGAGGGCAGCAGCGUCAACUUGAUAGUUCAAUGGCAACUUCCUCUUAAAUUUCACAACCCUAGAGACAUUCAUGACAUAUCCAUUCAGAAAGGCAAAAACUGAGCAGUAAUCUCUGAGUCCAUUAGAUACUCCAGACUUUUUUUUUUUUGAAGCAGGGGUUUUGUUUCAUGUCUGGUUUAAACUACUGGCUUCCAUACCCAACAUGGCUGCAUGAUUGUCAGUGGUUCUGUAGCAGUAUCUGCAAGCUUGCAAAAAAGCUUCCAGAUACUGACUGCAGAGUACAGACUAAGGGUUUCAUUCAUAUCUGUCUGCAUAACCUUCAUAAACAAUGAAUAUGCUUCGAGGAGUUUUCAGGGACUUGUUUGUCUCUGGAUCUGCAUGUCUCACCAUCUCUCACUCUAUAGUCUGACAGGAUGGAGGACCAGAGAUGCUCUCUUCCUGAUCUAGAGGAUGUGCUUGCUUCAGUCCCAGAAGGCCAGGAUGAUUUCUUCAGUUUAAUCCAGAGAGUUCAGUCCAGGAGAAUGGACGAACAGAGAGCCUCAAUGUCUGUGGCCCACACUGAAGAGGACAAACACAUCGACAAGGCUGGGUCCUUUCCCCACCAUAAUCACCACCCUCAGUGA